AGGAAGAAGAGCUAUCAUUAAGGCCCCUCCUGAGGAAGCCCGUGGAAACCAAGUAUCUGCCAAUCCAGGACAUUUCCCUGCAGUCGAGGACCCCUCACCAUCAUAGCCCUACGUCCUCUGUGACAUCACUGGGGUCCUUGAACCUGUUACAGUCGCCACCAACAGCCAGGCCAUCUCCAGGGCAGCAGCAGCAGCAGCACCCCCUGAGCCAAAACCAGGGAGAGCCCAACUCUCUCCUGCCCAGGCCCCAGCACAUAUUCCUGCCUAGCCAGGGCCACCAGGGGGAAUCCUACCGCCAGGGCCAGCCCAAUCCAAGCCAGCAGCAACCAGGAGAUGCCUACUCUGCCAUGCCUCGGGCUCAGCAGCUAUCCUCACCUUACCAGCCCAUGCCGUCAGACCCCUAUGCCAUUGUCUUCAGAGCCCAGCAGAUGGUGGAGGUGCUCUCUGAGGAAAACCGGUCCCUCCGCCUGGAGCUAGACACCUGCUAUGACAAAGUGACAAAGCUGCAGAAGCUGGAGACAGAAAUCCAGCGUGUCUCGGAAGCCUAUGAAAACCUGGUAAAGACUUCUUCCAAGCGGGAGACCCUGGAGAAGGCCAUGAGAAAUAAGCUCGAGGGAGAGAUCCGGAGACUCCAUGACUUCAACCGAGACCUUCGAGAGAGAAUGGAGACAGCCAACAAGCAGCUUGCUGAGAAGGAGCAUGAGGGGUCAGAGGACACCAGGAAGACCAUCUCCCAGCUCUUUGCACAAAAUAAAGAGAGCCAGCGGGAGAAGGAGAAGCUGGAGAUGGAGUUGACAGCAGUGCGCUCCACCAAUGAGGACCAGCGGCGCCAUAUUGAAAUCCGGGACCAGGCCCUGAACAAUGCCCAAGCCAAGGUGGUAAAGCUGGAGGAUGAGCUUAAGAAGAAGCAAGUGUAUGUGGAGAAGGUGGAGAAGAUGCAGCAAGCCCUGGUGCAACUCCAGGCAGCCUGUGAGAAGCGGGAGCAGCUCGAGAACCGCCUCCGGGCCCGGCUGGAGAGAGAGCUGGAGUCUCUGCGCAUGCAGCAGCGUCAAGGCACCUCGCAGGCAGCCAAUCUCUCAGAGUACAGUGCCGCGGCCCUCAUGGAGCUACUUCGGGAGAAGGAAGAACGCAUCCUGGCUCUGGAGGCCGACAUGACCAAGUGGGAGCAGAAGUACUUGGAGGAGACAGUGAUGAGGCAGUUUGCGUUGGAGACUGCUGCCACGGUGGCGGCCCAGAGGGACACAACCAGCAGCAGCCACUCUCCCAACACCAGCUAUGACAAGUCCCUGGAAGCCCGUAUCCAGAAAGAGGAGGAAGAAAUCUUACUGGCCAACAGAAGAUGCCUUGAUAUGGAGGGCAGGAUUAAGACCCUCCAUGCCCAGAUCAUCGAAAAGGAUGCCAUGAUUAAGGUUCUCCAGCAGCGCUCCCGGAAGGAGCCCAGCAAGCCUGAACAGCUGACACCCAUGCGCCCAGCAAAGUCUCUGAUGUCUAUUUCUAACACCGGCUCAAGCUUGACCCCUCACUCCUCCACUGUCAGCAGCACCCCCAUCAUGGAAGAGAAGCGGGGCAACAAGAGCUGGAAAGGGAGUUUAGGUAACAAACAGGGAUGGAGUACCUGCCAGCUCGGUUGGGCCUACUACUGUGCUGGGGGAGGAGCCGCCGUGGCCAUGCUGAUCUGUACGUGGCUCUCCUGCUUUGCUGGAAGGCUUCCCAAGCCCAUCGUGAAUUCCUACACCAUGGAGCUGGAGCAUUGCCUCCACCCCUGA